CAAUACCCAAGAUUUGAGAGAGUUGCUAAAUAAAUGUACAAAUUACAAUUUCACGCAAAAGUAAUUUUUUUCUGCAGUCUACUCCCACACAUUAUUAUUUUUUAUUUCUUUAGGCAAAAGAAAAGAAAAAAAACAUAGAGAAGAAGAAGUUUGUAAAUUGUAACCCUAGCUCUCCAAAUUCCAAUCCCUAGAAUUUGCUGCGAUUACAAGAGAAUACAUCUCUCUUUACGGAGUACAAAUUGCAGAAUUCAGAUUUCAUUCCAGUUUUUUUUCUAUCUAAAAAGGUUCGAUUUCAAAUUUCGUAUUUGCAACAUCAAUUCAAGUUACUCUUCGAGGACAGAAAUUGAAGGAUUUUUUCGACGAUACAUUAUUACUGAAUUGCAUUUUUAUUAGAGAUCAAUUUGUAUGAGUGAAUAAGUCGGUGAAUUUAUCGAAGGCGAAUCGAAAUUUGCAUUUGGGAAGUUUGAGUGGUUCCUUGAUAUGUGAGGGGUAGUGGAGAUUAAGGCAAUGAGAGGUGAAUUUGUGGGUUUGGAGAUACAAUGACCCUGAAGUCAUUGGGACUACGUACUGGAAGUUAUGGAUCGCUGCAACUACAACAGUCGAAUGGUGUAUUGCAGAAUCACACAUCCUAUGUCUUCCCACGGAAGUCGUCGAAAGUGCUACUUUCAAGUUACAGGGAGAAGGAAAGGGAAAGGUGCAUUCCAUUUAUUUGCAGAUACUUGUGUCGGGGGAAAGUUGGAAUGGUGAUACUGGUUGUCUUUGCUCUGCUGGUUUUUGCUUCAGGAUUCUUUACUGUUAACAAAGAAACGACAGGAAGUAAUAAUAGAAAUAUCCUUGAAGUUCUUCAAAAUUCAAAAGCUCGUGGAAGAACUGUUAUUGGUUCCAUAUCUUCAGGUCCUACUGCAAAGGACUUCACAAAGAUCGCACAGACAAAUCGGAAUCAGACCACUGGAAACUCUCCUGCUCUUGUACCUCCUAUGCUUCACCCAUGCAAAAACUUCACAUUUUCCCCUCCUCCUCCGCCGAAUACUAAACGGUUCGGGCCAAGACCGUGCCGAGUAUGUUAUCUGUCAAAUGAGCAGGCUGCAGCAAGUAUGCCACGUGUACCAUCAGCUUCUCCAGUGCUUCAGAAUUUGACUUUUGUGCAUGAGGAGGACCCUACUAAAAGUGAAACUCGUGGAGGUUCUGACUUCGGUGGAUAUCCUUCUUUGAAGCAGAGGACUGAUGCCUUUGAUAUAAAAGAUUCGAUGACUGUUCACUGUGGGUUUGUGAAAGGUAGUAGCCCUGGUCGCGGAAGUGGAUUUGAUAUUGAUGAAGACGAUCUUUCCGAGUUGAACAAGUAUCAUGAUGUCAUAGUUGCAUCCGCAAUAUUUGGAAACUAUGAUGUUAUUCAAGAACCAAUAAAUAUUAGCGAGAGUGCAAAAAGGCAUGUUCCGUUUUAUAUGUUCAUUGACGAAGAAACAGAAAAUUACAUGAAAAAUAAGAGUGUUUUGACAAGCAGCAAGUUGGUGGGCCUGUGGAGAAUCAUUGUUGUCCGCAAUAUUCCAUACAAUGAUGCAAGGCGCAAUGGAAAGGUUCCUAAGCUUCUAUUGCACAGACUUUUUCCUAAUGUCCGAUAUUCUAUUUGGAUUGAUGGAAAACUUAAGCUUGUUCGAGAUCCUUAUCAAGUUCUUGAAAGGUUCUUGUGGCGUGAGAAUGCAACGUUUGCCAUUUCAAGGCACUAUACAAGAUUUGACGUCUUUGUAGAAGCUGAGGCAAAUAAAGCUGGUGGGAAGUAUGACAAUGCCUCUAUUGAUGACCAGAUUAAUUUUUAUCGUAAUGAGGGUUUGACUCCAUAUUCAGAGGCAAAGCUGCCAAUUACUAGUGAUGUUCCUGAGGGUUGUGUGAUUUUGAGAGAACAUAUUCCAAUUACAAACUUAUUUACCUGCUUGUGGUUCAAUGAAGUAGAUCGUUUCACUUCUAGAGAUCAGUUGAGCUUUUCCACUGUCCGGGAUAAAAUAAUGUCGAAAGUUAGCUGGAGUAUUAACAUGUUCCUUGAUUGUGAAAGACGAAAUUUUGUCAUACAGACGUACCAUAGAGAGUUAUUGGAGCACAUGCCCCCUCCGCGACCUCCUAGACUCAUUGUACGUCGACAGCCACCUAUACGAACAUCACCAACAAUACGUAGAGAAAUGGGGAGGAAAAUUCCUUCCAAGCGUGCAAGAGAGAGAAGAUCUGGUUCAAGGCGUCGUCGCAGAGUUGUUGCAGGUAGCAGGAAUAUCAACUUUCACUAAGGAUUCCCCUAUAUCUCUCUUGCUUCCCCCCCUAUUUCUUUUUUUUUUUUUAUCUUGGCCCACUUUUUCAUAUAACCAGGUUGAAAAUGAAAAUUUUGCCACUUUUAAGCCAUUACAGCAAAGAUUCAUCAACAGUACAGAACCAGACAUACUGCUUGUAGGACAGAUAGGAACGAAAGAAAAUAUCCAAAAGAGAACAUAUUUGUUUUAUGGAUUUGUUUAUAUUGAAUUCAUUUUUUUCCCAAUUGUUUGUAAAUACCUACUAAUGAAAUUAUUUCAUACAAGUUUUUUGUUAA